UUCUUGUUUUUUUUUUUUUUACAUUAAAGAAAACUACAAUUUAUGCAUCCAUAAUUAGCGAAAUUCCACGUAAUCACCGUCGAUCGCCGGCCGAAAACACUGACCUGACGUGGCAAUUACUCUAGGUGGGUCCACAGGCUAAGAAUUUAAAAGGCCAUCCACGUCGGACCGACUGGGGCCGGCGAAUCCUCGGUGGCUUCUCCCAAUUGGAUGAAUAUUCGGAAUUUAAUAACUGAAACGACAUGUCGAAUAUUCCUCCUCCGUUUCUCUCGCGAUGCCUCUUCUCCAUCUUCUUCAUCGCUCACCUCUUCCAUCUCUCCCAUGGAGAUGUCGGUAGUGCAACACAUUACGGUCCUCCUUACUUACCUACCGCUUGUUUCGGAAACGAUUUCUCGAUGUUUCCGACGAACAACAUGUUCGGGGCAGCCGGAGAAGGAAUAUGGGAGAAUGGAGCGGCUUGUGGAAGACAAUACCGAGUGAGAUGCUUUAGUUCCGCCGUACCGAACUCGUGUGUUCGCGAUCAGACGAUUAGAAUCACGAUCGUGGAUCGUGCGGUUUCGACGGUUGCGAAAGCAGCGGUGGCGGAUACGACCAUGACGUUGUCAACGACGGCGUAUAAAGCGAUCGUUCAAGGAUCUGCGUCGCUGGUGAACAUCGAAUACACGCAGAAUUGAAUUGAAAAUUCAUGGAGGAAAGGAAAUGAGGAUUAUGAUCAUAUGAUGUAUGAAUAUAGUGUUUUUUAUUAUCUUCUUUUUGGUUUGUUGCUGACCGGUUCAAAUUGUAGAACUGUGAAGAAGAUGAAGUCCAUGUGUUGGGUUUCCGCCAUUGACACACACAACUAAUUCUUCUAUAUACUCCCCCUCCAUUUAUUGUAUUUUCAAAAGCAUAAAAAAAAAAAAAUACUAUUGUAGUUUUUCUAUUCUAUAAAUACAAAACUAAAUUUUACUGUUUGGUAUUAAA